AUGGCUAAAGAAAUGCAAAAUAGUAGCAUGUACAUAGAACAUGACCAAGAAGGAUAUGAAAGCGCUGGAAUUCACAAGAAUCUUGAUGAUGAUGGUCGACCAAAAAGAAGUGGGACAUGGAUAACUGCAAGUGCCCAUAUUAUCACCGCUGUGAUUGGGUCUGGAGUACUAUCUCUGGCAUGGGCCAUAGCACAGUUAGGCUGGGUGGUUGGGCCACUUGUUCUCAUCGCGUUCUCGUUCAUCACUUUUUUCACGUCCACUCUCCUUGCCGAUUCCUACAGGUCUCCUGACCCCAUCACUGGCAAGAGAAACUAUACUUACAUGGAUGCUGUGAAAGCCAACUUAGGAGGCAGGAAAGUUCAGCUAUGUGGGUUGGCUCAGUAUGCGAAUCUGAUAGGAGUUACGAUCGGUUACACAAUCACUGCAUCUAUUAGCAUGGUGUGGGACACAUGCAAGGACAACCUUAACAGGCUUAACAGUUGGGGUGGACGUGACAGCAGCACAGAAAGUAUGGAGGACAUUCCAGGCUCUCGGGGACAUUGCCUUUGCGUAUGCUUACUCUACUGUGCUCAUCGAGAUACAGGCAAGCCAACACUGGCACUGAGUGGCCGUAGAUGCUACGAUCUCCAAGAGUUCCCGCUUGGCUAUCGGGACGACACACUGAAAUCAAGUCCCCCAGAGAACAAAGCCAUGAAGAGGGCAAGUCUUGCUGGCGUCCUAACAACCACUAUGUUCUACGUUCUUUGUGGUUGCCUUGGUUAUGCAGCAUUUGGAAAUGAUGCACCAGGCAAUUUCCUUACUGGUUUUGGAUUCUACGAACCAUUUUGGCUGAUUGAUAUCGCUAAUAUAUGCAUUACUGCCCACCUUAUAGGCGCUUACCAGAUGUUGAGUUGGGCCUGCUUGGCAGUAUCACUUGUUUCCGCUGCUGGAUCAGUUGAAGGUCUGAUCAAAGCUCUCAAGACAUACAAGCCCUUCAAAGUCCAGCAAUAA